UCUAGCAGGGGUACCAAUUUGAAAUAUAUUAUAUCAUGAGUCACGAUUUGGUCAAAACCAUAAUUGGAGGUCCUAAAUAAAGGUUCCUAGAAAAAUUCCCUUCAACAAAGAAACUAAAAAGGAAAGAAGGAGAAUCACGUUUCUAAGAAUCUCGCGGUCCGCUCUUCCCUUUUCUCACAAUUUUAGAUCCUCCAGUUUUCCUCCGAAGUUUUCAACAGGUAAAAGUGCUCUCCAUACACUUCAUAAUCUGUUAUCUAAUAGUCUUAAUAUCAGAUCUUCUUCCUUCAUCAACAGAGCAAGCUACAGGGAGUCAGUCAUGGGGCUGACAUUCACGAAGCUAUUUAGCCGGCUUUUUGCAAAGAAGGAAAUGCGUAUUCUGAUGGUUGGUCUGGAUGCUGCUGGUAAGACCACCAUUUUGUACAAGCUGAAGCUUGGUGAAAUUGUCACCACGAUCCCUACCAUAGGAUUUAAUGUGGAGACAGUUGAAUACAAGAAUAUCAGCUUCACUGUUUGGGAUGUGGGUGGUCAAGAUAAGAUCCGCCCAUUGUGGAGGCACUAUUUUCAGAACACUCAAGGUCUUAUUUUUGUGGUGGACAGCAAUGAUAGGGACCGUAUUGUUGAGGCGAGGGAUGAGUUGCAUCGUAUGUUGAACGAGGAUGAACUAAGGGAUGCUGUUCUUGUAUUUGCCAAUAAGCAAGAUCUUCCCAAUGCAAUGAACGCUGCAGAAAUAACUGACAAGCUUGGUCUUCAUUCUCUCCGCCAACGCCACUGGUACAUCCAGAGCACUUGUGCAACUUCAGGAGAAGGUCUUUAUGAGGGGUUGGAUUGGCUUUCCAACAACAUCGCUAGCAAGGCAUGAAGUUUUUGAGGAUUUUGGUUCUUAGACAGAGACUCUGAUAAUCGUGGAGAAAAUAGUUGUGCUUUUAUUUGAUCGAGUUUGUAAUGGCAGAAUGGUUAUGUAAUUGUUGGUUAGCUAAUACUUUUAGCUAUAAAUAUAACUAUUAUGAUGAUACUAUGUUUUGGUAAAUUGCAUCAUAUCCUGGAUAUGGUUUGGUUUGCUUCAUAUAGUGCUUCUCUUACCCUCUAGAUUUCAAUUUAUAUUUUUCAAAUAAUCGUGGAGAAAAUAGUUGUGCUUUUGUUUGAUCGGGUUUGUAAUGGCAGAAUGGUUAUGUAAUUGUUGGUUUAGCUAAUACUUUUAGCUAUAAAUAUAACUAUUAUGAUGAUACUAUGUUUUGGUAAAUUGCAUCAUAUCCUGGAUAUGGUUUGGUUUGCUUCAUAUAGUGCUUCUCUUACCCUCUAGAUUUCAAUUUAUAUUUUUCAAAUAAUCGUGGAGAAAAUAGUUGUGCUUUUGUUUGAUCGGGUUUGUAAUGGCAGAAUGGUUAUGUAAUUGUUGGUUUAGCUAAUACUUUUAGCUAUAAAUAUAACUAUUAUGAUGAUACUAUGUUUUGGUAAAUUGCAUCAUAUCCUGGAUAUGGUUUGGUUUGCUUCA